CGCACACACCUUCCGCUCGUUUGGGACACACUCGUUCACGCGCCCGUCUGUCGCUCACAGGCACACCGCGAUACACACCGUCGACGUUGUCGCCGCAUUCUUACCCGUCAUCACUGAGCGGAAGAGACGGUUGGAAGCAAUCGAGAGGCUGAGCGAGUGGUUCACAUCCCUGCCACAGCGUUACCAGAACGACAGCCACCCGGGAGCACAUCAUAUACCAGCAGGACACCGCCGCCUGCGCUCUGCAGGGCCCUCCCACUACUCCCGCUGUGCUACCGUGAUUGUUGUUCGACACCGCCGACAUCAUGGCCGCGUCUUCCCGGUUGAUGCGCCUCAUCGCGCUGCUGCUCUUCCUCUCAGUUGUCGCUGUAUACGCUCAACAAGACCUCCCGAAUCUCGAAACCGCCACGAACACCAACGAUGUCACGCCCACCGAGAACACUGCCAGCGCUACCCCCGAAUCCACUGGCGACCAGACCACCGCCGAGAACACCGCAGAGACCACGGCCGAGUCUACCGCAGAAUCGACAGGAGAUGCGACAACAACAGGUGACAGCACGGAGACCACGAGUGGAGCCACACAGGCGCCCACGACAGCGACGUUCCCGGAUGCUACAACAAACACUGCUCCGGCGACGUUCCGUCUGACCGGUCUCCCAACCAUUGCUGGUGCUGGUGUUCCUGAGAUUGGCGUUCCUUACACUGCCAACGCGCCAUUCAUGCAAAAGUCGUCCAUGCCAGAGGGCACCGUGUUCAUUGCAGUUGGUGCAGUACUGGCUUUCCUCGGCGCUUGCGUGUUGGCUUGGCGAGGUCUUGUUGCCUGGAGCAUCAACAGAUCUGUCAAGCGUGCCGCAUUGGCAUCUAUCCGUGGCGAGAAACAUGGCGCCUGGGGUGGCAGUCAAGGAUACAGCACCAAAAGUGCCUACUACAAGGAGUACGAGGCUGGCAGUAGUAUGUCACUGGAUCAUUUGACUGCCAAUGGCAAAACACAGAAGCCGGGCAAGCACGACGAUUCACACAGACAUUCUUCUGCGCCACCGGCUGGCCUGUUCUUCUCUCCGACGGCACAGGCUUCCAAUCGUGCGAGCUCAUACACUGUGGACAACAACCGCAGCUCUGCAUUCUUGCCCGCGGGUUACUACGCGUCGCCCUCGGCGGAUGCUCCAGCAGGUGGCCGUAAUAGCACAGUGAUUGGCGGUUCACAUUUGGCUCCGUAUGCGCGCAACAGUCACAUUGGAGGUGCUUCGCCUUCGCCACCUGGGUCGCCAAAUCCUACCCUUCCCGGGUCCCGGUCAACAACAAACUUCCAUGGCGACUCUCGGGCAGGUCUUCGCACGGCAUCUCGAGGACCGCCCAGCAGAGAUGGAUACGGCGGAGGCAGAGGCAGCCACCUCUACACGCAUCCUAGCAGCAGUAGUCUCGCAGUUGGCCAGAGCCAAAGUGACCUGCCUGGCCAAAGAGCUCCUUCGGCAAUUUUCGACGACAUGCUCGACGUACACGGGAAUGGUCCUCGCGAACGCUAUUAGUUGGAGCGGGAUUCGAGCAGGACGACGUUGACGCCAUCGGAGAGCAGGACCACAUUGGCUCCGUCAGCUAGCAGGGUCNNACCUUCAGCUAGUAGGAGCAG